AUGUUAUUUUUGCGUAUAAUUCUAUUUUUUGCCUUUAUUGGCAUAAUAUCUAUAACUGCCGAUCUCGAGUUUAAUAAUGUUAUCUGUUUCACUUAUGAUAAACAGUUUAUGGAAUACGAAUAUUGUUACUUAAAGGCAGUAAAUCGCUCCUACAAAUACUUUUCGUUAAAAGCUGUUCUCCAUAAAUUGCCUAUUUAUACUGCCAAGGUGGUAUUUAAGAUUGCAAAACGCGACACCCGGAACAUAUUCGAGCAUUUCAAUGGCAGUAUAAAUGCCUGUAAAUUUUUGAAAGAUCAGAAAAAUCCAUUGGCCAGUCUUAUAUUCAGUACAUUUGCACCAUAUUCAAAUCUGAAUCACACAUGUCCCUUUACUCACGACAUAAUACUGGACAAGUUGCCAAUACAAUAUGUGAACAGUGUAGUAAAGAAUUUUUUUCCCUUUGGACGAUAUUUGUUGAAUCUAACAUUUUAUAACGAGAAUAUUCCACGGAGUGAUAUCAUCGUCUACUUUACAAACACAUAA